UUGCAGGUGACAAUCAUCGAUACAGGAGUGAGGGGGAUGAUCGCUGUGGGUUUGGUCCCUCAGCUCUACAAGCUGGACCAUCAGCCGGGCUGGCUCCCACAUUCUGUGGCUUUUCAUGCUGAUGAUGGCAAGCUGUAUAAUGGCAACACUGUGGGGCAGCAGUUUGGUCCAAAGGGCUGCAGAGGUGACAGAAUCGGCUGUGGAAUAUCCCUGGAAUCAGAUGAUGGACAACUGACUGUGUUUUUUACCAAGAAUGGUAAAGAAGUCGGCAGUGUCGAAAUCCCAGCAUCGCCUGAAGCUCUUUACCCCGCUGUAGGAAUGCACUCUUUGGGGGAGGAGGUGCUGCUGGACCUGAAUGCUGAGUGGGGGAUGGAGGAGGAUGAUGGACAGAUGAUUGUGGACAGUCAUGAAGAGGACUGGGGCCGUCUCCAUGAUGUCAAGGUGACCGGCACGCUGCUGGAGUACGUUGGGAAGGGGAAGAGCAUUGUGGACGUGGGGUUGGCUCAGGCUCAUCGGCCUCUAAACACACGCUUCCACUACUAUGAACUGGAGAUCACGGAUGCUGGAGAGAAGUGUUACAUCGCCCUGGGUCUGGCACGCAGGGACUACCCUAAGAACAGACAUCCAGGUUGGAGCAGAGGGUCAAUAGCGUAUCAUGCAGAUGAUGGAAAGUUGUUCCAGGGCAGCGGGGUUGGGGAUGCGUUUGGACCACGCUGUUUUGAAGGGGAUAUUAUGGGCUGUGGGAUCAUGUUUCCACGUGACUUCAACCCUGGUUUGGGAGAUGACGUAGAGGACUGGGACUUCGACGUGUUUCCCAAACCCUGCGAGGUGCAGAAUGACUUGUAUGCAAACAAUGAAGAUGAGGAGGAGGACGAGGGAGAGGAUUUGGAGGGGAGGAAGGUCACAGUGUUCUUCACCAGAAAUGGAAAGGUAGUAGGUCGGAGAGAGGUGGCCUUGCCGGUUGGAGGCUUCUACCCAACAAUUGGCAUGAUGAGCACUGGGGAGAAGGUCAGAGUGGACCUGCACCCCCUCAGUGGCUGAGCCGAUGGGGUAAAUGAAAACGGUGAAGUGGUGAAAUCAGAGCUCAGGUACAUUUUGGAGAAUGGACAAUAAAUAAUACCUCCGCAUCUGCAAAGGCUCCAAGAUGUUACUUGAAAAUUCACUCCAGUGUUGAAGGUCACUGUGGCUCCCUGGUGCUCUAAGAAUUAUUUAACAUGCUGGCAGAAUUGUUUUUGAAUCAGGAAUUAUCCAAAAUAAUGUAUGUUAAUAUGACAUGUGCCUAAAAAUCGUUUUAUAAUGAAAUUAUUUUUUAUUGAUUGAAAUUGUUUCACCAGAGGUUUUAAAGGGUAAAACACUAUUUUUGACAAUUUAAUUCUCUAAUAAAAUGCCAAAAAAACGGUCUCGCCAGAAUAUUGAAUGUAAAAAUCCAAACAGAACAGGCUCCAGUUAACAAAUAAAACCCACCUGUCCUCAUAAGAGAAGCAUUAUCAGCAACAAUGAACAUCAACAGAUAACUGGCACCACUCUCACACUGCAGCCAUACUGUGCUGAUUACCAGAGGUCUGAUGUAGUUCUUCCUAUUGACGGUGUAUUACUGACACUCAGUGGUGAGACAGAUCAUGUUCUUCCAAAGAAACAGUUGUGCACUGAAUGAACAGUGAGUUCACUCUCUGUAAAACUAGCUGCUUGACCGCUGUCCUUCUGUAUGAGUGUGGGUGGACUUAUGACUGCAUAUUUAUUAGCAAAUGUGCAAGUCACAUGUUUUGAGUGCUGUGGGAUAAUUAAGUUCAAGAACAAUUUGUUGGAACUAAAUCCGAAUGAUCAUUAUGAACUUUCAUUUUUAUAUUGAAAUGUCAGUUUUUCUUUCAAAGUCAAUGUUGGUUUGACGAUCAUGACUGGGUUCCUUUUGAUCUGGGACAACUUUAGUGUUUAAUACAUUACAGACAAUGGACCGUCAUUUGAUACAUAUACAGGUAAUAUUUGUCAUAAACAUCUGCACCUAAAAGAUGAUACAGCAAAACCAAAACCCUGUCCAAAAAUAAUAUAUAGCGAAAGUUCUACAUGAUUUUUGAAUAUGAACAUUCUUAUUGACCAUGAACACAAACAAAAAAAACAAAUAGGGCUGGACAAUAUAGCCAAACUAUAAAAAGAAUAACCUAAUAUCAAUAAUUACCAAGAUAAAUGCCCCAAUGAUAUUUCUUGUUGUAAGACUUGUUUUAGAUCUGAGUCAGAUUAGUUAUUAGACUUCCUCACUAAGCUUGCACAAUGCACACACAUGAUAUCGAUACAUACUGAACCUUUGUUUGUUGCUGUUUGUUUUGCUUUAGAUGAAAAUGAUAUUGCGAUAAUUAUUGAUAUUGUUUUAUUACCCAGCCCUACAAAUAAUGCCUAAUAUUCAAUCAAUCAAAGUGAUGCUGCUUUUCCUUUAUGAGAACUUUUUUUUUUUUUGAGGUUUGGAUAUUUUUCAAACACCACAGAAAAGACACUUUGUAGAUGUGAAUGGUAUUAGAUAUGUUGUCUGUUGAUCAUUUGUGUAUUUUGGAGGAAUUAGAUACCAACUGUCACAAAAAGGGAAACUCAUCAAGGGCAGGAGUAUCAAAUCCUGUCAGGACAAGAGCAACUAGUGACCACACGUGUUAUAGUUCAAAACGUCUGAGUAGUUAGAAUAUUUAAUCAAAGGUCUGAAUGUUGAAAAUGAAGCCUUAACUAAGAUUUGCUGCUCUUGAUAUUAGAAUAUUAAACAAUGACCUUGUCUUUUCUAAGAUCAUGUUGUGAUUAUGUUGUUUUAGCCGUUUUUUUGUAACAACCUGUUAUUUACCUGUAAAACUUUUUAAGAUUUACAUUUUUCCCACAACAUUUGUGUCAAUAGUAAACAAUGGCAAAGUAAAAUGAAUACAAAAUGCUUUGGUUUUGUGAUGCCAAAUUUUCCACACAAUGCUGCUUUGGCAUGAACUCAGACUACACUUGCAUCAGGUUUCCCUGCAGAUCUCUGUGUGUUGGAAGUUUUUAGUAUUUGUACAAGUAUGACAAUCGCUGGCGACAGCUGUGACUUUAAAUUUUUACUGUGAUACUGUUUAUUAAUGUUUCACAUUUGUUUAGAUCUGCAGAAACGGUUAUUAUUGUGCAAGUCAUCAAGACACUAAAGGCACUUUACAGUAGAAUACUGAUUUGCUGAACUUCAAAUGUUUAAAAAAAACAAAUGACCUGUGUGAAAGUGAUCGGGUACAGAUCCUUUAUUAAAUUAAACAUAGGAUCCAGAGGGGUGAUGGAAGUAAACUGCAGGUCACUGAAAAGGUCUAAAAAACUAUUUAUUGGAUCCAAUAUUCAUUUGAAUAAGGUUGAUUGAAAUGCUGCUGUAUUGCAAAAAGGUUCAGUUCUUCCACUUUUCAUCAUUUUGCUGAUCACACUGUGUGUUAAUCAUCAUCUGGUUCACAGGAGCAAAUAAUGGUCCUCUGCUGCUGUUGCCUGUCUCCGACAUGUUGAUGUAUAAUAUUUUUUCUUUUUUCAAAUUUGGUGAAAUUAAUCUUCAAUCAGGUUUAACAUGAUUGUGGUAUUUUUAGUACCGUCCCAUCCUGCCUGUGAAUCCACUCUAUGUUCCUCCUCUAUGGUUGUGUAUCCUGUUGACUUUCCUCUCAUCCAUUCUCUCUCUUUACACUUGAAGCAAUAAGAUUCAAAUUAUGCCAAAAAUAAUUAAAAGAAUAUUCACU